CCGAUUUUAGUAUUUCGAAAUAUAAUUUACAACGUGAAGAACACGAUGAUUUUUUCACUGCGGUUCAAGUGGUUGUUAUUAUCGUGUUUAAUGCUGAAUUACUCGAAUUCGACCGGGAUUAUUAUAAAAUCCGGAAUCGCGAAAAAUCAGGGCCAAAAUCAGAAGGAGAACGUGCAUGAUGUGAAAUUUCAUAAGGGUAUUGCAAAUUUUGUAGGCGAAGAAGGAUUCAAUGUUGACGAUGAAAGAAAUUCUGUGGUAGCACAAGAUAAUGGAAGAUAUGGAGAACAAACAGCGAACAAAAAAGCCCAUUUAGAUGCAAACAACUUCCAAAAUGAAAAUUUCCACAACAAUGGCGGCGAUCAUAGAGGAAAUUUGGAUAGCAAAGUAAGCCACCAUAAAGGACAUCACAAGUCAGGUUUUGAAAACCAUUACCACAAAGACGAAAGUGGUAGUAAUUCUAGUUAUUUUGAUGAUGGAGAUGACCAGGGGGAUACUCAUGAGCAAAAAAAGUAUAAAGAAUCCUUUGGUGAUGCAGCUCAAAAUCAACAUGGCGGAGGAAAAUAUGAUAGUGCUGAUUAUGAGAAUGAACAAGCACGAAGAGGCUUAUAUGAUAACUCUGGAAAAUAUGAAAAAGAUUAUGGCAAUAAAAGAAAAUAUAAUAGAAAUGAUUAUUAUGAUGGAAAAGAGGAUCUAGAUAGGCGAAAUUUAGGAAACACCUAUGAAGGUGGUUCACAAUAUGCCGAAGAAAGGUAUGCGCAAAGACCACGUCCAAUUUAUCACUCGCAACCCCUUCCUUACCACCGACGACCAAACCACCACAUCACAAUUUAUGAAGAUCCAAGAUAUGUGCAUUCGGAUCCACGAUUUAGGCGAUCAGAAGAUUAUGUGGACGAUUAUGUAGAGCUUGAAGUUAGAAGAGAUGCGUUUAGACGACCAUAUAAUGAAGAUUAUUAUUUUUAGUUAGAAGAAUAUUGUCAUAAUGUACGAGUGAUUUGGUUAUUGUUUAAGUAUUUAUUUAUUGCACGUAAUUUAUUAUUUGUAUGUCAUAAAAGUAGCGCCGUAUACAAGCACUGAAAAAAAAUUUUUUUUGGAAUAUAUUUAUCUCAACAACUAAAUAA